AUGUCCAAGGCCAAGAGGAAAAAUGAUGCAAAGGCAAAGGCAAGCAGGAAACAGACUGAUGGAAACAGCAGAAAGUCCCCUGGUCAAAAGAAAAGUAAAUCAAAAAAAGAAAAAAAAGGAAGCAAGACAGAUGCGCCCAGCAUGGUGCAGCUGCCCUCUCUGGGUGAUCAGGCGGCUCGCCAACAAGAGCUUGCGAAGAACUACGCCGAGCAAGUCCAACGUGCAAGAGACACUGCAGGAGGGUCCAGUGGCUUGGCGGGAGUGACUGCAGCAGCAAUGAAAAUAUUUGAUGGUAAGUUCUCGCCUUUGCAGUGCAGCGAAGCACUGGUCUACGUAGCAUGCAGCAAAAUCAGAAUCCAGGAGCUUUCUGACUAG